AUGGCGCACCUCGACCACCAGUUUCAGAUCACUGCAGAAGACAAUUUCUCGGAAGAUGACGGCGCAGAGGUCCAAAGCAUCGCCUCAUCAAGCUGCAGCCUCACCAGUUCCAUUUUCGACUAUCAAUUUGAGAACGGCAGAACUUACCAUCGGUAUAAGGCCGGCAAGUACCACUUUCCCAAUGAUGAAAGAGAGAAUGAAAGACUGGACCUACAACACCAUCUGGCGCUCCUGACACUUGGUGGAAGGCUUGGUCUGGCGCCACCAUGUGAGCCAGAUUACAAAGUCAAGCGCACGCUUGAUGUGGGAACUGGCACCGGCAUAUGGGCCAUCCAGUUCGCUGACGACCACCCUGAAGCCGAGGUCUACGGUGUUGAUCUCUCCCCAACGCAACCCGACUUAUGGUGCUUAAGAGUGGCUCCAAAUAUUAAGUUUGAAGUUGACGACAUCGAAGAGGAGUGGACAUAUUCCAAGCCAUUUGACUACAUCCAUAGUCGUCAUAUGACAUCGAGCCUUGCCAACUGGAAGGAAUACAUAACCAAUUGUUACAAUAACCUUACUCCUGGCGGCUAUCUUGAGUUACAGGAAGCUGAAAUGGCUUUCCUAUCUGAUGACCAGUCAUUGCCUGCAGAUGCCCCUCUUGUGCGCUUCGCCGAGAUGCUCAAAGGUGCAGGCGCAAAGUUUGGGCGUAAUUUUGUCGUGGCCUCUGAGCUGAAAGCUCUCAUGCUCGAGGCUGGCUUCCAGGAUGUCACCUUAAGUCAAUAUAAGUGGCCUGUGAACACAUGGCCCAAGGACCAUAGCUUCAAAGAGCUCGGAGCGUGGAAUUUUGAGAAUUGCAUGAUGGCUGCCCACGGAUUGGCCAUGGCACCUCUGACACGCGCCUAUAACUGGACGCGAGACGAAGUCGAGCUGUUUCUGAUCAACGUACGUGACGACAUCAAGAACAGGGCGUAUCAUACAUAUGUUCCCAUGUACUUCCUUGUUGGACGGAAACCGGAAACCCAGUAA